CAAGGUGCCGGGUUAUUCGUAGCCGGAUAAUAACCUUUCACCGGGCGGACUUUCACAAACUAACCUAAUUAUCACCCUGUUGAACUUUGACACCGAGCCCAGAGGCAACACCGAGGAGGCGUUACCAUGAUAUGAUAAGAGAGACGGUGUAACGAUGCAGACCCUCACCCCUCAUGUGUACUGGGCUCAGCGGCACGCAGAGCUUUAUCUCCGGGUGGAGCUGAGCGACGCGAAGAAUCUGGAAAUCAGCCUGCAGGAGAACAACACCCUUCAGUUCAGAGCUCAGGGUCACGGAGCUAAAGGAGACAAUGAGUACGAGUUCAGUUUGGAGUUUCUUCAACCUGUUAGACCCGAGAUCAGCCAUAAGUCCACGCAGCGUCUGGUGGACAUAAAGAUCAGGAAGCAGGAGGAGCGCUGGUGGGACCGGCUCACGCUGCAGGAGAAGAAGCCUCUGUUUCUGGCUCCAGACUUCGACCGCUGGCUGGACGAGUCUGACGCAGAGAUGGAGCUUCAGGCUAAGGAGGAGGAGAAGAUCAACAGGAUCAGCGUGGAGUCCAGAGUCCGUAAAGACCCCUACCUCGGGUUAAAGAAAGGAUACCUGUUCAUGUACAACCUGGUGCAGUUCUUGGGAUUUUCCUGGAUCUUUGUCAACAUGACUGUUCGACUUUUCAUUCUUGGACAAGACUCCUUCUAUGAUACCUUCCACACCACGGCUGAUAUGAUGUAUUUCUGUCAGAUGAUGGCCGUGCUCGAGGUCAUCAAUCCCUUACUGGGUCUGGUCAAGACGGGAUUUUUGCCUGCUAUGAUACAGGUAGCAGGGAGGAACGUCAUUCUUUUCGUAAUCUUCGGCAGUCUGGAGGACAUGCAGAACAAACCUGUGGUCUUCUUUGUGUUCUACCUGUGGAGCACCAUCGAGAUCUUCAGAUACCCGUUCUACAUGCUGGCCUGUAUGGGCACGGACUGGAAGCUGUUGACGUGGCUCAGAUACAGCCUCUGGAUCCCGCUGUACCCGCUCGGGGUUCUGGCUGAAGCGGUGGCGGUGAUCCAGUCUCUGCCAAUCUUCGAUGAGACUCGUCUGUUCAGCUUCCCUCUCCCCGCCAUGCUGGGUAGCUCCUUAAGCUUCUCAUACACCCUGCAGCUCUACCUGAUCCUCAUGUUCCUGGGACUCUUCAUCAACUUCAGACACCUGUACAAGCAGCGCAGGAGACGAUACCGCUCGAGGAAAAGGAAAGUCCAAUAACUCCUCUCCACCUUUCCUGUUUCACUCCGUCUGAACUGACGACCAGGAACAGAUCAAACAGCAGCUUUCUUUUCCUCUUAUUGCCUUUCCUCAUCUUCCCAAACACACAUACACACACACACACACACACACACACACACACAUCAUGUAGGAGUUCUGGUCCCCUGUUAACACUCUGCUGGGUGAACUGGUAACAUCUCAUCAGCUGAAAUCAGCACUCUGGUGGAUCCAGAGCGUCACAACGUUCAGUCUGAGUUUCCAUCUCGUUUAUUCUCCUACAGAUUGACUUUUUUAAUCAUGAGCUCCGUCGGUUUUAUCUGGUGUAAAAGAGAAAUUUCAAUUUUUCGGAGCGAUGAGGGAACAAUUAGUGUCGGAGUUGGGAAAAAAGAAAUGUUUCAUGCACACACUCAACACAAACGAUCUGUAACUGUAUUCACUUUUUAUUUACCUUGCUUUAAAAAUGAAGGUCCUCACUGGUUAACACUAUCUCUACCUUUAAAAACAGCUCUUUAAAGCAUGUCUUAAAGGUGCUCUGUGUUUGUUUUACCCUUUAUUUACAAAUCACAGAUCGACUCAAUAUUGAUUUAUUUUUCUCUCAGCUGAUGUUGAACUUUUGGAUCCUCUGGAAACAGUAAAUAAGUUUGUACGUACACACUGUGUUUCACUCCUGAUACCCUCCAAUUGAAUUAUGAGACACCCAAAGAUUCCCAACCUCACUGAUAAUAAAUGUUGUUAGAGGGUUUUUUUUUUUUUACAUCGUGUUAGACUUGGCGUGCUCAUGACUGCAGUAACAGUGCGUUUUUUAAAAGGGAGGAAGAAAACUCCAGUUUUAACAUAAACCGGCCUACAUGAGGCCGAGGCCUAACAUGAUGAACACAUGAAUGCAUCUUUGAUUAUAAUCAGUCAUUAAUAAUGGAUUGUUCAGUCAGGAGAAAAUUUGAAGAAUGAGAAACUUUCCCUCUGAAUAUUUGAAUCCGUUUUAUUGCAAACAUUUUAGAAUUUUUAAAAAGUAGAUGCAUGACUUAUAUCUGAAGCAAAGUAUUUAACUCUGCUGUAUUG